AUAGUAAUGCAAUUCAAUUUAUUUCCACAAUGACAGAAACUAGUCUGGAUGAACUGGUGAGUGACUUGGGACUGGAACACCACCUGAAGAACAAGCUGACUCUGAGCAAGGUGCUGGAGAUUGAUGGAGAGACUUCAAGUGAUGAAAGCAUCCAAUCUCUGAAAUCUCUGCCGUGGUGUUUCCUGAGGAGAUUGAUGAUGGUGAAUGUGACUGCUAGGAGCGUGAGGUGCGCCUCAAAACAGGACAUGACUUACCAGACCCUUGGCAGCUUACUGAAUACCCUGAACAAUCCACAGGACCACAGCAACAUAAUCAACCCCCUGGACCUCAUAACUGCUGUGUUUCUCUGCUCGGAUGGCUUUCUCCAGCAGGAGAUGGCUUUGAAAAUGUCCAUGUGCCAGUACUCUGUGCCUCUGCUGCUUCCUAAGUGUGAUGCACAGCAGUGUACUUUAAUGCUCUGGGCCAUGAGGGAUAUUGUGAAAAAGUUCAAGCCACACUCUUUGGCAGACCCGAGUGGGUUUGUGGAGCAAAGCAUUGUUCUCUGUGAGCUCCCCAUGAUCUCUUUUGUGAGGCUGGGAAGCAGCAGCUUGUCGAAGUCUCACAUUCUGAACCAAGUUCUCAGCAACCCUCAGCAGUACCACGAAACCUUUGUUCACAGAAACAUGGAGUGUGGUGACAGACCAAGGAGGAUUUCCAACGGGCUGGUGGAGAUCAGCUGGUAUCUGCCCAGUGGGAAGAGAAACAUUGACAUCUUCUCUGAGCCACUGGCUAUAGCUAACCUCCGUGGGGACCUCAGGGACUUUGAAACUCAGUACGCUUUCCUCUGCUACGAUUCUGCUGCCAUAUUUUUGUUCUGUGAUGAUUUUGGGUCAGAAUGCAAAUUUCUGGUCUCACAGCACCUUCAAGGUCAAUUGAUGUUGAUCAGCAAUUCACAGAGCAAGAGCUUCAAUGAGAAUGAUUUCACAAGAUGUGUUUCUCAGUUGAAACUAAAACCCAGUAACAUCAUCAUAAAGGGUCCACAGAUGAACGAUGCACAAUUAAUCAAAAACCUGCAUUCGGCUAUCAGUGGAAUUUUGAAGGGUAACAUGGUCAAAAUGAGUAUUGAAGGGUUGUCUGAUGUUGCCCAUGAGUUUGGGAUCCAGGUUGAUGAAGAAUAUAUCGACUGUCAGAGGGGCAAGAAGAAGGCCGAUGAAAUCACUGGAGGGAUAUCUGAUAUACCAAGCUUCAAGGAGAAAGAGCUGCCCUUGCAAGGGACUGCAUGGAAACAGCUGGCCAAACUGGAGAGGGAAGAGUGCAGGAUGAAAAAUUCUGGGGAGAAAAACAUAGAAGUUUACAGGAAUGAGCUUGCAGAACAGAAGCAAGAGCUCAGAGCACAGCAGAGGGCUCACAACAUCUCGGAGUCUAUGUCCUGUUUCAUCAAAGCAAUGUCAGAGUCCACAGAGGAGCGCAAGUAUUUCCACAAGUGGAUGAGGAUCAACCUGGACAAUCUGUCACGCAAAAGCCUUCCACCCCUUCAGGCAGAGUACAAGAAACUGUGUCAGAAUUCCUUGGAAAACAAGGAGCGCAUUGCACAGUUGGACAGGAAGAUCUCCAGCUGCUCCUUGGGGAUGGAGCACUUCCUGCGGGAAAUGGGUCAGCUGUACGAGUCGGCCUGCUCACAUCCCAAAGGCCCCACCCCUCAGAUUCAGCGCCUGCCACGUCUGUGUGCUGAGCUGUUGCAGGAAGGCUUUCCUCUGGAGCUGGUAGAUGGAGAUGCAUCCAACAUUCCUCUGCAGUGGGUGACUCAGGUUCUGAAGGAACUCCAUCAACUAACACAGGACAAAUGUAAGAUCCGGGUGAUCACUGUACUGGGGGUGCAGAGCACUGGGAAGUCCACCCUCCUGAACACCAUGUUCGGGGUCCAGUUUGCCGUCAGUAGUGGCAGGUGCACGAGAGGAGCCUUCAUGCUCCUCAUCAGAGUGAAAGAGGAAUUUAAAGAGCAGCUUGGCUGUGAUUACAUCAUGGUUAUUGACACUGAAGGUUUGAAGUCACCAGAGUUCGCCCAGUUGGAUGACAGUUAUGAGCAUGAUAAUGAACUGGCUACGCUGGUGGUGGGGCUGAGUGACAUCACAAUCAUCAACAUCGCCAUGGAGAACUGCAUGGAGAUGAAGGACAUCCUGCAGAUUGUGGUGCACGCCUUCCUGCGCAUGAAAGAAGUUGGGAGAAAACCCUGCUGUCAGUUUGUGCACCAGAAUGUCCCAGACAUCUCUGCCCAUGACAAGAACAUGAGGGACAGGAAGAAUCUACUGGAGCAGCUGAAUGAGAUGACCCAGGCAGCAGCUAAGAUGGAAAAGAGGGGAAACAGCAAAAUAUUUACUGAUGUCAUGGAGUACGAUCCAGAGAGAAACAACUGGUACAUCCCUGGGCUCUGGCAUGGCAUCCCUCCCAUGGCACCGGUGAAUGUUGGCUACAGUGAUUCUGUGAAUCAGUUCAAGAGGAGUGUGACUGAGAGGUUUCAGCAACACAAAUCUGGAAAGAGCUCACCACACACAUUCAGUGAGUUCCUUGAAUGGACCAGGAGUUUGUGGGAGGCAGUGAAAUAUGAGAACUUCAUCUUUAGUUUCCGAAACAGCCUUGUGGCUGAUGCUUAUGCUCAGCUUUGCACUGAGUUCAUCACAUGGGAGUGGGCCUUCAGGAAGAGCAUGCACUCCUGGUUAAUGGAAGCUGAGACAAAGGUGUCAAACUUUGGCACAAUAGCAGGACAGAUUCAGCCAUCCUCAAAGGUGGACGACUUACUGCGCAGCCUGAAAUAUGAGGCCUCCCUUGAACUAACUAAAGGGGAAACGCUCAUUUUAGACAACCUCGCUGAAUUCUACAAGCGGUCUGAUGGACACGUUCACUUAUUAGAGAAGUACAAAAUGGACUUCAUCAACUCAGCCAAAACCAUCAGGAGAGAGACAGAGAACUCUGUGAAUAACAAGCUUGAGGCAGCAGUGGAGAUUAGAAAGGGUAUGUUCAGGUUAGAGAGCAUCAAGACAAAUCAUACAGCUGUGAUGGAGCGGAAAGUGCUGGACCUGAUUGAGAAGUGCAGGAAAAGUAAAGAUCUGUCAGAUGAACAGCUGAAGGCCGAAUUUGAGAAGAUGUGGAAAGAGACUGUGAAAGAACUGCAGUUCUGUGGCCUGGAAAAACGAGAUAUUGUCCAAGAUAUCCAUCAUCAGCUGAGGUCAAACUUAGAGAGAGAAGGUAGCUCAGUGAAAGAAAAUUUUUUUCAAGUGGUCAAAUUAUCUGAAUGUGGAAUGGAGCCAUUCAAAGUGAAUAGUAUAGGAGUGUUUAAAAAGAUAUGGCACACAAUUUUUGGAAAUGAGCAGAAGAUAAUGACACAAACGAUGGUUGAUCACAUCAUUGAGCGCAGCAGGCAGUUUGUGGAAGAGAAAGUGAGAACAAGGUCUGAUUACCAUAACACAUACAUCACAGACCUGCUUCGCAUGGUAGAUGAAAACCUGGACAGGCACAGGGAUCUGCAAAUAAGUGCUGAGUUUCAGGCCAAGUUGAAGAUCCACAUCUGUGGACAUGCAGCACGAGAGUUUCAUCAAAUGCAUUUGGAUUUUAUCCAAGCAAAUGAUCCCCGUCAAUGUCUGGAGCAGUUCAAGCAACAGUACUGCACUGACUUCAAGGACCUGUUCAACAAAAGAGACCAGUGUCAGAAGAAAGCAGUGGAGUUCACCAUCAACUGUCUUGCACCCGCGGUUAAGGAAUACAUCACCCAAUCUCUGGGCCCUGACCUUGUGGAUGAAGUGCUGACAGGGCAAAAAGGCAUUGAUUUCACCACUCGAUCCUUCUUCCAGUUCUCAAUCCUCAAGCAGCUGCUUUCAGAUGAUAACUUUGAGAACUUUGUGAAUUACAUAAGUAAUUAUGAGGCCUUUGUGCAGGACUGGAUAUUCAAGCAGGUGGUUAAGCAGUUCUCAGAGGGAGAUGGUCUCAGGAACAUUGAGAUUGAGCACCUGAAGGGGAUGGUAAAAAGAUUAAAGGAAGCCAUUAAGAAUGCAGAGACGAAGGCCAAUGAAAGAGUGGCAGAAAGGGGUGAAGAGGACCGAAAUAUUCAGCUGUUCAUUCAGGAUAUCUGUAGUGACCUACAGGAGCUCGUAAUUCCCAAAGACCCCCUUGAAGUGGUCCUGGCCUUAAACACUGCCAAGCCAGAAGACUUUUCCCGGUGUCUGAAGGUGCUUGUGGAUGAAAUGGAGCAGUCCUUUACUGCAGAGUUUCAGAAAGGUGGGGAUGUGUUAACCAGGCUGACCUCACUGCCCUUUCAGCCACAGAAGGAGCUGUUUAACAGGGUAUUUGGCUGUGGGAGGCAGUGUCCCUUCUGCAAGACCCCAUGUGAAGCAGGCGGCAAGAACCACGUAGAGCACUUUGCUUCCAUUCACUGUCCUCAGGGUAUCGGGAGAUACAGAUAUAAGGACUCCACUAAAUUAGUGUGUGAUAUCUGCUCCAGCAGUGUUGCUAGUGAAGCAACAUUCAGAUCAAGCAAAACAGAGGGGAAAUAUCAUCCAUACAAGGACUAUCAAAGCAUUUACCCUGACUGGCGCAUCCAGCCUGACCCCAGCAUCCAGGCCUCAGACUACUGGAAGUAUGUCUUCAACAGGUUUAACGAGAAGUUUGCCACAGAAUAUGAUGCUAAGCCAGCUGACAUUCCCCACUUUUGGAGAGAUAUAACCCAAGACCAAGCCAUGAAAAGCUUGAAGGAAUCCUUCCAGAUGAAAACAGGAGAUUAAAUGGAUGUUUCAGUAGGGUGAUCUUCUGAUUGGAAUUAAUAUGAAAUAGUUUCCUCACAGGUACAACCCAUAAUAGUUAAGCACAUAUAGAGCCUCAAAGUUCAACAGCAUGGAAUCCUUCCAGAUGAAAACAGAAGGAGAUUAAAUUAAAUGGAUUGUAUGGCCCCUGUUUUAGUCUGGUUGAAAAUGUAUUUUCUGUGGAGCAUUAAUUAAUAGCCUACUCAUACAUAUCAUGGAUAAUCGCAAAAAGUGCUCCAACCAAGUUGAAUCCUAUCAAAGAAAGGGCCAUAGGUUAAAAAUAAAAAUACAAUAAAAAUAAAACAUUUCAAAAUUGGAACAUUAAAUUAAAUCA